AUGCAGUGGCUCCCGCGCGACGUCGACGCGGUCGAACAGCGGUUCCCGCACGAGAGAGCAGUGGUCGAACACGAACAAGUGUUUCCACCUGCACCCAUUGUGGUCGAGCAGAGGCUCCUACAAGGGCAAGAUGUGGCCGAGCAGGGGCUCGCCACCGAGUGUGACGUGGAUGGACAAGAGUCCCCACGUGCGAACAUGAUGUUCGAACAGGGGUUCCCAUCGUCGCCUACUGUGGUCGAACAGAGUUUCCCACAUGAGCAAGACGUGGUCGAGCAGGGGCUCCCACACGAGUUUGUGGCGGUAGAGCAGGGGCUCCCGCAUCAUGUGUCGACAAACGAGUAUGGGCUACUCUCGUCGCGCGAUUUGACGUCCUGGAUGAGGACAUCCAGCGUCUUGAGGUGGGGUUGCAGAUUAAACACCUAA